CCUUUCUUGUAAAAGGAGGGGCUGAAACUCAUAGUAUGUAAGCAAGAAGGUCCCUGACGCUUGCAUUUGUUCUCUGCUCUCCUAGGGGCACAGAGCUGCCUUUCAUCUGGGCAAAUAUUUUCUCCUCCUGUAACCUCAUGGAUGGACCUGGCUUUUUUUCCUACAACCAAAUGGGGAUGCACGGAGAGACUAUGGACACUUAUCCUAGAGAGAUGACUUCAGAAGCUGACAGAGAAAUAUUAAAUGCCCCAUGGCAAAAAUCAGCCUGUGGAAACACGACUUCAAGGACAGAGGCCUUAAAUCACGAUGUGUUGGAAAGGCUGGAGAAAGUGGAAAAAGAACUUAGCGAGACGAGAGUUUGGCGUAACAAUGUUGAGGCUCAGCUACAAUUUCUGAAGAAUUGCAACAGGCAGAGUACUGUAUCGGAUCUUUCCAAGAUGCAGGAGACCAGCAAACUUGACCCUCCUUACAACCAGCAACAAGAGAGCUCUUGGGUAGCAUUUCCUGGAAAGGUCACCCAAAAAGAGCUUGAGGAGAAUGAAGAAUAUCAGAGGAUGAAAGAGAGGGUCAAACAACUAGAGGCACGAAACCACGAUCUCUUGUCUAAAAUGAUGAGCAUGCACAAGCAAUCAGAGGAUAUGAAUGACCCUUCACGCCUUUCUGCUGUGCUGGAAUGGUACGAGAUGGUUAGGCUACGCGACUGGGAAAAAUGCAGGAUAUCCUCAACCAACAUGACAUACAAAAAUGGCAGAACCAUAAUUCAGAAGCUGUUUGAUGCCUGUGAGAAAUAUAUAGAGAAGAGAAAAAAUGACAUAUUUAACGUCCUUGACAUUUCAUCUUCGAAUUACGCUUACAAAUCUCAGGAAUUUGCCAACUACAAACAAGAGCUGACGCCAAUUGUAACGAAACUCUUAAGAAAUGCCUAUUGCCAACAUUACUCAGACUUUUACAAAAAAAUUACUAAGCAAGCUUGCGUCACUCUGGAAAAUGACACUCAAAAGCAGUUCGCACAGCAGUGCUGCAGAGUUUAUUGUCUGAUGCUUCUUCAGGAGCCACCAGUUAAAGCUGUCUGGCACACGCAGGAAAUCCUUCCUCAAUACGUAGAGCAUGUGGACAGGAAAGACUUUGAGCACUGCAAGAAAGUAGAGCUUCUGUGGCCCAUACUGAAAAGUGGGGAAGACGUUAUUGUGAAAGGUGUAGUCUGGGAUUUAAAGUAACAUGACUUUUGAAUCAAGAUACACACUUAAAUGGCUAUAAGAAGAUGUAACAGCUGCUCUGCAAUAUGUUGCUUUUCUUUCUCACAUGAACACUCUGCUUUCCAUACCUAGUUAAAUGUGCCUGGCUUGGGACGCUUAGGAUAAACUGCUAUUCACAAACAUUUACUAAAAAUUGAAGAUAUUUGUCUUGGUGGCAUGCAACAUUUUAUGUAAUUUUUGUAGUCCCUGUCUAAACAGCACUUGUGUGAAGAGAGAAUCUGUGUUUGUAGCCUACCUUAUCUGUUCUUCAUAGGUGCUUAUGACCUUGUCAGAUAACAGUGGGAAUCUCAGCCACGCUGUGGAGGCCCCUGCCUCCUCACCAGCUGUGGGCUCCUACUCUUAGCAGCUCUGAACUGCACUUUGGCGAUGGUCUCGCUACCUUCCCCUGUGUCUACGCCCAGCGCACCAGCUGCAGGCUCUUGCUUUUUGCUAAUGAAAAAGCAGUGAGGAUAAAGAUGACCUGCUGGGAAAAAGGACUCUCUCUAGAGUAAAAAUGUGCUUAGCUGAGAAAGAGAGCAAGGAACUAAAAAAUAAAUAAGCCAGAGCUCUCAGAGGCUACAGACUCUCACAAGACACGUGUUCAUAGGUAUAUAGACACAGACACAAAAGCCCACUCUUGCAUACCAAAAGGUUACUUGUGUCCACACAAAUGCUGCCUGCCUGCUAGUACUCAGCUGCUUUCCUUUGUCUGUAUGAUUUACUGCUCCAUGGCCCUUCAGCCAGAUACUCUCCACAGCUCUAAAAGUUUUCUUAAAGUUGCAUUUCACAGUGUAAAGGGAUGGAAAGAGGCAAAUGUAUGUUUAUGAAUGUGUGUGAUGGAAUUUUCAGUGAGACUCUUGAGAUGUGACAAAUAAAAAAGACUGGAAAACCUGC